UCUGAUCUAUGGAAGAUGCGUUCACGGACGUCCUGUCACACGAACCAAUCCGCCUACAUGAGAGGAGGAGUCAGGAUUUCCGUCUUCAUAAAUACCCCGAGCUGCCCUCUAUCGUUCGCUCUUUCGCCCCAGACAAGAAGGACUGUGCCGUUCAGUCAUUUUUUUCAUUUCCCUAGUAAAGUCUUGCAAAACAAAUCCGCAAACAUGAGCAGGAAAUUCUUCGUCGGUGGCAACUGGAAAAUGAACGGCGACAAGAAAAGCCUCGGGGAGCUCAUCCAGACCCUGAAUAGUGGCAAGGUGGACCCCAAUGUCGAGGUGGUGUGCGGCGCUCCAUCCAUCUAUCUGGACUUCGCCAGGUCCAAACUGGAUGCCAAGUUCGGUGUGGCGGCUCAGAACUGCUACAAAGUUCCCAAGGGUGCCUUCACUGGGGAGAUUAGCCCUGCGAUGAUCAAGGACUGCGGCGUGAACUGGGUUAUCCUGGGACACUCCGAGCGGCGCCACGUCUUCGGCGAGAGCGACGAGCUGAUUGGUCAAAAGACUGCUCAUGCUCUGGAGAGUGGUCUCGGCGUGAUCGCCUGCAUCGGCGAGAAGCUGGAUGAGAGGGAGGGAGGCAUCACGGAGAAGGUGGUGUUUGCCCAGACCAAAGUCAUUGCAGACAACGUAAAGGACUGGAGCAAGGUUGUGCUUGCUUAUGAGCCUGUGUGGGCUAUUGGCACCGGGAAGACUGCGUCUCCACAGCAGGCUCAGGAAGUUCAUGAGAAACUGAGGGAGUGGCUGAAGACCAACGUGUCUGAAGCUGUAGCCAACUCUGUGAGGAUCAUCUAUGGAGGUUCAGUAACUGGUGGUACCUGUAAGGAACUCGCCUCCCAGAAGGACGUGGACGGUUUCCUGGUGGGUGGAGCCUCCCUCAAGCCAGAGUUCAUCGACAUCAUCAAUGCCAAGGCGUAAAGACCCAACCGGAUCGGCUCCCUCAACUCGCA